AUGUCUCGUGUUGCAAACAAUCUGCCAUCAAUGCGCUAUACGAAUGGAGUCGGUCAACCGACGAAUUCAACAUUAGACCGUUCUUCGAGUACUUCGAGCAAUGGAAAAAACAUCGGUGUUAUCGAAAGACGUGUUUUCAAUGUUCGAAGUGCAGCACCAGUUCCAGCGCAAAAAGAAACGGUUCAUGCCUGUCCAUUAUGUAAUAGUGAAUAUAAAGAUCCACGUGUAUUGCCCUGUACACAUACAUAUUGUUUUAAUUGUAUACGAGAUAAAUUAAUCAAUAAUAGUCGACUCACAUGUCCCAAAUGUCAUUAUCAAGCUCAUCCAUUUGAUGAAAUACAGCUACAGGAAUUACUUCCUAAUCUGAUCUUAAGUCAAGAAUGGCGUAUAGGUGCUCGACUAACACCCUCAAUUCCUCCGUUAAAAAAGUCAAUGACAUAUCAACCAACUGUUCCAUCGUCAGUCUCAUCAUCUACGUUGAGUCUACCUCAACAAUCUGCAGCCCAAGAAUCCGAAAAACGUCGCUCAGUUGUAAUCGAAUACGCUCCGCGUGAUAUUCCAUUGACCAAUGACACAAAUCUGAACGGCAUUGCCUCAAUUGUCAACGCAUUCAAUCGAACAUCGACAAACGGAGAGAAUGGAAAUCGAACGUCACGUUCAUCGAGUAUAUCAAGUAUCCAACCACUCGUAUCGAAUUUAAUUAAAAUCUAUUCCGAAGCCACACCAGUCAAAACGCAACGAAUGGAAGAUACGGUUUCAACUGAUAAACAUAAUGAAUUAAUAAAAAUUUUCGAACAGGCAACUACUGGUCAGCAACAGGUGCGAUCAGCAUCACCGAUGAAUAUUAAACAACCAACACACGCUUGUGAUGAGAUUACAUGGGAUAAUCUUGUUCAUGGAACAAUACCAGUCGUUCCAUCUUCGUCAGACCAGUUGCAAUCGGCGGUCGAAAAUCAUCACCAUCCACCAGAAGAACCAGAACGAUCAGUAUCGGUUUCAUCAUCGAAUAUAGAAAAUCUUCGCGAAAUAGUCGUUUCUAUUCAGCAACAACAUCAACAGCAACAAUCAUCUGAAAAACCGUCAACACAACGGUCAACGUCCUUCGUCGACACGCAGUUGAGCAGUCGUUUAUCAGGAAGUUACCGUUUAAGAGACGUUGAAGAUGAUGACGAUGAUGAUAUCAUCGAACAAAUAGCAAGAAAGAGUCAUCUACACCGACAACAUGUCCGUCAAACAAGUAAUACAGAAAGUAUCCAUAGUGGCCAAAGUGAUACCGGGUCCAGACGGUCACCUAUUCCACCAAUUAUUAAUAAUGUUCAACCAAGAUUAAGUAUAUCGUCUAUUAAUGAUCAAGAAGAUGAUAAAGUAUCACAACAUACAACUCCGUCGUCAAGACACUCGUCCGAUCGCUUUCCUCCGCCACCAUCUCAACAACAAAUUGAUACACAAGGAUCUCCAUCACCAAGUAGUCUAACAAAACCCAGAGCAACAUCGUCAAUAUCAUACCGAUCAUCAAUUCAUGAAGAUCAACACGAACAGCUUGUUACACCUGAGAUUAAAAUACAACGAACAGAGCGUUUUAAUCUUAAGGAGAACAACUCGCCUGUUUUUUAUCGAAAUAAUUCUUCUCAAGCAGGUAGUUUUUCUUCAACUCCAACCUAUCGUCCAUCAUCGAUGUCAAAUGAACAUGAUGAACAUAUCCCUCAACAACGUGAGAAUUAUUUAUCGCCAACAUCACCAUUAUUAGUUCCAUCACUUGUAUCAUCACGUGUCGAAACAUUAUUAUCCGAUCAAAAACGUUUAGAACGAGAAAUUGAAGAGCAAAUUCGCCGUUUGAGCUACGAUUACGAUGAUGUUCGUAGACAGAUUGAUCGUAAACGAUCUGCCAUUCAAACAGAAGUCAAAAACAUUGCCACACGUCUUGAUGACGAUAUUACAGAAAACUAUCAUCGAAAGCAAAAGAUCUAUGCUGAUCUAGCUGUUGAUACGAACACAGUCGGAACAGAAUUAGAACGAUUACGAACAAACACAAACAAUAAUACACAACUAUGGGAUAAUCUUGAGCAAAUUGAAUCUAAUAUACGUAAUAUUCGUCAAGCUGUUGAACAACAAAAGGAGCCAUAUAGUGCUCUAACAUUUGCUGAAGGACGUCGUGCGAUUGGUUCGGAUGCAAUUGGGCAGAUCACAUCUAAUGGAUUCGAAUCCCACCGAAAACAUAAUUUAUCUACAUCAUCACCGCUUCCAACAUUAGAACAACCUAUUAACAGUCUAACACCGUACAAAUAUGUGAAAAUCGAUCACUUAUCAACAUUAGAACCGGAAGCAAUAGCUAUAACCGAGAAUAAAAAGACGAUCUUAUUGGGUAUUUGUAAUAAAUUAUUUAUUCUGAAUGAAUUUGGUGAUAUUUUAAAAACCAUUCAAUUAAAGCCAAGUAUACGUGGCAUAGCUGUCUCGAAAAAGUCUCAAACAUAUCAUAUUGCUUAUAUAUCACAUGAUGAGAUUGUUACGAUGAUCAACACUGAUACCGGCGAUAUUUUAGAUUGUGUCAAAGAAACAGAUUCAGUGGAUGAUUCAGGAACGUUCUUACCGUUAGGAAUCGAUACGGAUAGUAUAAAUGGUUGUGUUUAUGUUUGUGAUUAUCGUAAUUCAUGUGUAAUCAAAUUUGAUGACAAGUUAGAAUUUAUUACACAAUGGAGAAUUUACAAUCAUUCAGAUCAAUAUGACGAAGCUCGACCGAAACUGAUUUCGAUCUACGGGCAACGUUUAUAUAUGAUUGUUGAACAUUCGUGUAAACCUUAUUACAAUCAAGGUAUUGCCUAUACAUUUUCUCUUCAUAUUUGUGAUAUCAAUUCUGGUAAUAUUAUUCGCAUCAUCGAUGCUAAAUUAUUAUCAACCCAACGUCUUCGUUGGCCAUGUUCCAUUCAUGCGAUUAGCAACGAUGAAUGUUACGUACUGGAUACCAUGACAUCAGGAAAAUAUUUUAAUGGUCAAUGGCAGAAACACUGGUCACGAGUGUUGGAUAUCAGACCGGACGAUGCCAAUGUUGUGAAAGAAUUAUUUCAGCUAGAUAGCGAGGCAGCGACAAUGGCAUUAACCAAACAAACAAUGAUUAUUUCAGCCAAUGGAGAAAUCCUCUUUGUUGAUUUAGCAUUUAUUCAACAAGAAUUACAAGAAAAUGAUCACGAAAAUUCUUAUCAAAAUUGA